AUGGUCCAGGCCUUGAACCACCAGAGACUGUGUGACCGAGCAGACACUGUGUGGAGGUCACACCUGGGCCCCGCCUUCAGCCCGGCCUGGGGGGCCCUGUACAAGCCCCCUCUGACCAAGAUACAGGGGGAACUGCAGUGGAGGCUGCUGCAUGGGGCAGUGGCAGUCAAUGCCUUUGUGUGUAGGGUGAACAGGGCUGUGGGGGAGGGCUGUCCCUUCUGUGGGGAGAGGGAGACAGUGUUCCACUGCUUCUGGGAGUGUGGGAGGCUCAGGCACAUGCUGGAGCUGCUGAGGGGCCUCUUCACUUCACUGGGGGCAGAGUUUAGUGCUCAGGUGUUUGUGGGGGGGGGGGGUCAGGAGGAGGGGGCGGCUGCUCAGUUUCCUGGUCGGUCAGGCCAAGAUGGCCGUCUAUGUGAGCAGGAGGAGGAUGGUCCAGGACCAGGGCGAGAUCAGUCCCAGGGCUCUGCUGGUCCGGAUGGUCCAGGCCAGACUCAGGCUGGAGUUCGGUCUCUACAGGAUAAAUGGGAUCAGGAGGGGUUUGAGGAGCGCUGGGGGUUCAGGGAGGUGCUCUGUGAGGGAGGUGUGCUCUGUGAGGGAGGUGUGCUCUGUGAGGGAGGUGUGCUCUGUGAGGGAGGUGUGCUCUGUGAGGGAGGUGUGCUCUGUGAGGGAGGUGUGCUCUGUGAGGGAGGUGUGCUCUGUGAGGGAGCUCUGUGCUCCGAGGAGUGUGUCCACGGCCGCUGCGUCUCUCCGGACACGUGUCAGUGUGAGCCGGGCUGGGGAGGCCUGGACUGCUCCAGUGGUUGCCAGUACGACUCCACCUCAACAGAAGCCUCUUGA